UAAAGCAAUACACUUCCUCUCUCCUCACAGAGGCUAUAACGUCGGUGACGGUGAAACGUAACAAAUUACCAAUAGCAUCUGACAACCUAACCCUGACCUGUGAAGUCACCGGGCACUAUGACACCAUCUACUGGAUGAAGGACAACCGGUCUCUGGUCCUGAACAACACCUUGAACUCUGACAUCACCAUCUCUAACAACUCUCUGCACUUCAGUUCAGUCAAGGUGUCAAAUGAUGGAAACUAUCAGUGCGUUGCCACCAACCUCUUUGGUCCAAACACCAGCCCUAAAUACCAGCUACUGGUGAACUAUGGCCCUAAGAGUGUGAAUAUCUCUGGCCCAGUCUCAGUGGUGAUUGGCUCAGUAAUCACAGCUACACUGAAGUGCUCUGCCGACUCCCGGCCAACCAGCGAGUACGGGUGGAAAUUCAACAACCAAUCAGUGCUUGGGACUGGUCCUAUGAUGUCUGUUAUCGCCUCCUUGGAGAAUGCAGGGGACUACACUUGUGUGGCCAAGAACCCUGUGACCAACAUCUCAAUGUCCAAGACCAUUAGUCUGGAUGUCACUGGCCACUCGCCUGCCCCUCCAUUCCAGUCCAGAGUUGGUCUGAUUCUGACGGCCCUGCUAGCCCUCUCUCUCUGCAUCUGAUCAACCACUGAGACCACCACAGUAAGCACACUGCAUGUCUGUCUGCUGGUUGGGAGCCAAUCACUCCCUUCCCUCUACCCUCACUGACUCACAUUGUUGAUCUGAAAAAGGACUGGAUAGAAAUAAGUGGUAUUGUCAAUAUUGUAAUUGCCCCUUCUUGCCACCAUAGGGCUGGGUUAGUAUGCUCAGCUCCUUUCCAAUGCUUUUACAUUGUGAGGAGAGAGUCAACAAGAGGUCAGAUGGGAGGGGUCUAUCCCCUUAGAAUAGAACCCACCCCUACAACGUGUUUUUAUGUCAAUCAUCUCUAUAAAUAAAAACKAAAAUCUUGAAAACUGGUCUUCAACAUGAUCAUUGAAGGGGCAAACAUCCACUGCUCAGCUGCACUGCCUAUUUCUGUUUCUAAUUAAAUGUCCUUAGAUAUUCACUGCCCUUAUGACUGUAACUAUUGCCCUGGAGUCCAUUCACUGAGUCCCUUUCUGUGUAUGAUCAUGUAUGUAAACUCUGUUCAAGUACAAAUUCAGGUUUAUUUAACUUAUAAAUGUUUCAAAUGAUAAUACAUUUGGCUAGUGUUUAUGUAAAACAUGGGUUGUUUUUCACAUAUUAAAUGUAUAAGCUUGUAAAUCCUCAGAGGAGAUGCAGGCUUGUGCUGUUGUCUUAUGUUUAUAUUUCCUCUACAUUAAUUAUUGUCUAAAAUAAAGUGUUGUCUUUUCACACCUGUA